GUCUGCUCAGAACCAGGAAAUAUCUAGUGCUAUUCACACACAGAUUCAGGCAAACUACACCAUAUUCUGAACUAAAUCUGUGUCACUUUGAGCAGUAAAAUGGCACAGGCUGCCUGUCUUCUGGAUCAGGACCAGUUCAGCUGUUCAAUCUGUCUGGAUCUACUGAAGGAUCCGGUGACUAUUCACUGUGGACACAGUUACUGUAUGGGCUGUAUUAAGGGCUGCUGGGAUCAGGAUGAUCAUACUGGUGUCUACAGCUGUCCCCAGUGCAGAGAGACCUUCACCCCAAGACCUGUUCUUGGCAAAAACACCAUGCUGGCUGAAGUGGUGGAGAAACUGAAGAAGACAGGACUCCAAGCUGCUCCUCCUGCUCACUGUUACACUGGACCUGGAGAUGUGGCAUGUGAUGUCUGCACUGGGAGAAAGCGCAAAGCCGUCAAGUCCUGUCUGGUGUGUCUGGCCUCUUACUGUGAAACUCAUAUCCAAUUUCACUAUGAAUCUCCUGCCUUUAAGAAGCACAAACUGGUGAAAGCCACUGGAAACCUGCAGGAGAAGAUCUGCUCUCAUCAUGACGAACCGCUGAAGAUUUACUGUCGUACCGAUCAGCAGUGUAUCUGUUAUCUGUGUACAAUAGAGGAUCACAGAGGCCAUGAUACAGUCUCUGUUUCGACAGCAAGAGCAGAGAAACAAAAGCAGCUGGGGGCGACACAGAGUAAAUUCCAGCAGAGAAUCCAGGAGAGAGAGAAGGAGCUGCAGGAUCUGAGACAGGCUGUGCAGUCACUCAAGAGCUCUGCACAGGCUGCAGUGGAGGACAGUGAGAGGAUCUUUACUGAGAUGAUCCGCUCCAUUGAGAGAAGGUGCUCUGAGGUGAAAGAGCUGAUCAGAGAUCAGGAGAAGGCUGAAGUGAGUCGGGCUGAAGGACUCCUGGAGCGACUGGAGCAGGAGAUUGCUGAGUUGAGGAGGAGAGACGCUGAGCUGGAGCAGCUCUCACACACAGAGGAUCACAUCCAUUUCCUCCAGAGCUCUAAGUCUCUCUGUGUCCCUCCUGGACCUGGAGGCUUACCCAGCAUCACUGUCAGUCCACACAUCUCUUUUGAGGCUGUGAGGAAAUGUGUCUCUGAGCUGAAAGAGCGACUGGAGGACGUCUGCAAGGGGGAAAUGUCUAAGAUCUCCAGGGCAGACAGCGCAGUGGGCUGCUUUACUGAAGGGGAGACCUGUCCCCUCUGCAUGGAGCACUUUCAGAAGAAGCAGAGGCUGAUGUGUACUCAUGCCAUCUGUGCAGCCUGUCUGGAGAGAUCUGUAGAAAGACUGGGUCUCCAGUGUCCAGUGUGUCUACAAGCACUCAGAGUGCUGGGAGACCAGCCAGAGGGACAGAUUACACAUUUAAUGUACAAUUCACAUUUUAUAUUGAUUAGAUACAAUAUUCCUGAUGGAAUACAGACAGAGGCCCAUCCCAACCCAGGGAAGCCCUUUACUGGACUCCACACACAGUCCUGUUUACCAGACAGCCCAGAGGGCCGGAGGGUGCUGAAGCUGCUGCAAAGAGCCUUUGAGCAGAAGCUGAUUUUUACUGUGGCUGCAACCCAUGGAGCUGCAGACAGAGUCAUCUUCACUGACAUCCCCUGUGAUGUAUCAGGGCCUGAGUGCAAACAGCCUGGAUUCCUGCAGAGAGUGAAGGCAGUGCUCAGAGCCAAAGGCAUUGAGUGAUGAACAGAGACCUCCACUCAUUCAGUUAUAUCUUUUCACUAAAGUUAAUAGUUAUGGUUGUUUAAACCUUUUCGUCCUCAUGACUAUUUGCAUUUCUAAUUGCAUUAUGUGUACGUAUUAUCAUGUAGGUAUUUUACGGAAUUUGUCUUGUGUUUUGCAUACACAUCGACACGUAUUUCAUAUCUACUUUGCUCUCAUGUUAUUGCUGUAAAAAUGUUAUGUCUCCUGCUGGCCUGCCAUCCGAGGGUGGUGUCCUGACAUUUCAGUUAAUGAAACAAAUCAACUUUUCACAUCCAUCUUCUAUUUGUGUAUCUGAUUCAUAAAGGAAUGAAUUAGCUGCACGGUAUAAAGUAUACAUAUUUUCAUGGAAUAUGUCCCCAUUAAAUGAUCAGAUGAAUUAAAAGGGUAGAAAGUAGUAGGGAUUCAGAUUUGUCUGCUUGGCUCGAUGUUAAAGUACACGGAUGGAAUCAGACUGCUCUAUGUCUGUGUAACAGGUGAAGUAAUUGCCUGAGUCCGAGGUGGGAUUUGAACCCCGGCCUUCUCAUCUGUCCAAAUUAUUUGUUGAACGAACGCGUUACCAGUCAGCUAAAGACAAGCUCGCCUCUAGCCAAGGGCAACAACGUUCUUUUGAAUUUGAGGGUUACGUCAUCGGGGAGUGUUGUCGCGAUAACCUGCUACCAGCCUACGCAUUCACCGCACCAUCCGUGCUUACUAGCGAACUAGCCGAGCCAACCACACUACAUCUGCAUGGUCCUAAUGCACUGAACCAGCUGUUCCAUCAGACUCUCUGACACAAGUGAGCAAGUCAGGGAUUUGAGGGCCUUUUAAAUGAUAUUCUGGAAAACUUUGAAUACUUCACCCUUUUUUACAGGUAAAAAUACGUACAUAUUUAAACUUCCAGUGAGGCAUUAAUGGUUUUGGCAGUAUACGUUGGUGUAAACUGGUGUUGGCUCUCCAUGUUUUAUAUGAUACAGUCCUGUUUCCAACUUGAAAUAAAAAAUAAUCCAGAUUCCCAGGAAA